UCCAGCUGCUGCUAGGACAAGAUUACACCCAUUGUCAAUUAGCCGGCGCGCCCGGGUUAUACAGCUGAGUAGUUUUCAGUAAGUCAGUGUGACUUAACCAUGGUGGCGUACGCACGUGUUAUUUACGCAGUCUUGCUUAGUUGGGUGACACAUGUGUUUACAAAAGGUGAAAACAUAACAGAAUCAUGCAUGUAUCUGUAUGAAAAGGGUGUUGAAGCAUACCUGGACAAUCGAUUUGACGAAUGCGUGGUUAAUUUCGAAAACGCUAUACAAAAAUACAAAGAUUACACACAAAAACUACAGAACUGCCGAAUCAAAUGUAAGCGGGAGGCUGAUUUCUCUGAGCCGCUUUACCCUGUGGAUGUGGACAAUUUGCUGUUUUAUGAAAGGGCAGUGAAAGCGACACUGUGUAUAGUGAGAUGUAAAAGGACCAAGAAGAAUACUUUCGAUAAGUUUAAUAUUAAUAAGGAGGCGCAAAAAUUGUUUCAACAGCUGAAGCCGUACGAGUACUUGCAUAUUUGUUACUUUCAGAAUAAAGAAAUCCAAAAGGCGGCAUCUGCUGCGUUUACUUAUUUAGUGUUGCAUCCAGAUGAUAAAAUAAUGUCUGCGAAUUUGAAACACUACGCUGCCUUGGAGGGUGUUGAUAUUACGGAAGUUGUGAAUUUUGAAGCCAAGGAUUAUGUUUAUUUGUACAUUCAUGGAGCGGAUGCGUAUGAGAAGAAAGACUGGAAUGGGGUUGUGCAAAAUAUGGAAGAAUCGCUAGCUUCGUAUCUGCAAGCGGAGGAUGAUUGUAGGGCGCUUUGUGAAGGACCGUUCGAUCAAGGGUGGUAUCCCGAUUUCAUCCCCUCCAUAGCUAAUCACUUCACCUACUGCUUAAAAUGUAAACAGAGGUGUGCAAGUCAGUUGAAUUCGUUGAAUGGAGAGAAACACGAAGAUUUACUUCCGAGUCACUAUCACUAUUUACAGUACGCUUAUUUUAAGUUGGGUAAUUUAAAAGACGCUGGUGCAGCUGUAGCUAGUUAUUUGUUGUUUUAUCCAGACGAUGAUACUAUGUUAGAAAAUAAGGACUACUAUGGUAGAUUACCGAAAGCAAACGUAGAUCUCUUUACUCCUAGACCUGAAGCAGUGCAUUAUAUACAAAGGCUUAUGUACGAACGAAGGAUCUUAAAGUACAUUGCUAGAGAAUUUAAAUUUGAAGAUCCCUCCAAGGAGAAACCGUCUGAGGCGUUAAAGUAUCGUGUUAUAAUGACAGAAAAACAACUUCGAGGUCCAAACAGAUUCGUAUCAGAGGGUUUGGCAAGUACCGAGGAAUGCAAAACAUUAGUAAACAUAGCCAAAAUGUUUGCAAUAACAGGAGAUGGCUACGAGGGCAAGAGAUCGCCCCACACCGUUAUGGAAAAAUUUUCAGGGUUCACCCUCAACAGAGCCACUUUGCUCGUCUACGUGGGCUUGCUGGACCCCAAAUACCUCAAACUCUAUCUAGACCUAACCGAGCGGGCAAAACUCAGAAUACAAGAGUUCUUCCAAGUGAAAAAGAAACUCUAUUUCUCGUACACGCAUCUGGUGCGCCGAUCACCGCUUCCAGAUUCUCCCACCAAUCGAACCGACUUAAGUCACCCAAUUCAUGCGGAUAACUGUAUCGUACUGGACGAUAACUAUUGUAAAAAAUCGUCGCCUGCUUACACUUGGAGAGACUACAGCGCAAUUAUAUUUUUAAAUGACGACUUCGAAGGCGGGGAGUUCAUCUUCUCGGCCGAUUUGAAUGCUGAAGAGGUCCAGGGCGUCGUUAAACCCAAAUGUGGAAGAAUGGUGGCUUUUUCCUCCGGUUUUGAAAAUCUGCACGGAGUUCGAGCGGUCACGAAAGGAUCGCGAUAUGGAAUUGGGGUGUGGUUUACACAUGACUCGGAACAUGCAGAAAUUGAAAGAAAUAUGGCGCACCAGGUUUUGCUUACGCAGAAAUGACUCAGCCAGAGUUGAUGUUUUAAUAGUACAAAUUUAUUAUGAGAUUGUCCUUCAGGGUGAAUACCUCAAAAAUUUCCAGUUAAUGCACGAGUUUUUGAAUAUGUAGAGGCCUCUAGUGGUGGAUUUGUGCAAACUGUGCAGCUUGUGCCCUCUUGUGACAAAGCGGACACUUAAUUAUUACUCGCGCGUGCGCUAGAGAUUUUUGAGAAUCAGGUCAAUGGGGAUUUAUGCAUUUUAAAUUUUAUCUCAUGUCCUUGAUGGUAUUUGUUCAAUUAGGUUGUGCUUUUUAAGAAUAUGUGGUACUUAUGUAUGUGAGUAUUAAUUACUAACUUGUAUGUCUCUAGCAGGAAACUACGGUUAUUACCCUAGUCACUGUUAUUCCAUGUUACGAAACAAAUGUUUAUGUAUACAUAUUUUUUCGAAAUAAAUGUUUAUGACUUUA